GUUAAUGAAUAUAUUUUUUUGUCACUUAUGAUAUAUUGUAUAUAGAUAUAGAUUAUGAUUUAUGAAUGACGGGUGUGUAUGGUAUACCGAUGGAAGAGGAAAUUGAUUCGCCACUUAAAUGUCGUGAAAGGCGACGUCGAAGAAUCGAGAUGAGACGAAAAAUGAAUUCGUCUCAAAAGGUGAUGACGUGUGAGGCCGAGACCGAGAUUCGGGAGGAAUACGAUGAUCAAGAAACGAUAGAUUUGCCCGAAUACGGGUCGAUGUCGAUUGUGGGUCGAGCUCGUGAAAUGGAAGACGAGAUAUCGGUUCGGUUGAAUUUAUGUCGACCCGAAUUAAACGGUGGAAAACCGGUACAUUAUUUUGCCGUGUUUGAUGGUCAUGGAGGAAAUCAUGUGUCUGCAUUAUGUAAAGAGAACAUGCAUAUUAUUUUAGAAGAAGAGUUGAUGCGAGUGAGACUCGUGGCGGCACAUUGCAACGAAAUGGAAGAGUUAUGGAAGAAGGCAAUUAACAAAAGUUUCAAGAGGAUGGAUGAGAUGGCUAUGAAUUUAUGUCAAUGCAAUGGGCCUGAAAGCGUAGAAGUUUGUAGACAACAUCCACAAUUGUCUUUUGUAGGAUCGACCGCGGUGGUAUUGUUAUUGACUCAUGAAUACAUCAUAGUCGCAAACUGUGGUGAUUCACGCGCCGUCCUAUGUCGUCAUGGCAAGCCCAUGCCACUUUCGGUGGACCAUAAGCCUGAUCGUGAAGACGAACGGGCAAGAAUUGAAGCUCUGGGGGGUCGCGUUUUGUUUGUAGGGAGUGGAACACGAGUUGAAGGUGUAUUGGCUAUGUCUCGAGCUAUAGGUGAUAGAUUUUUGAAACAAGUGGUAACAUCAGAACCAGAAUACUUGUUCACAAAACGCGAAUUAGGGGACAUGAGUGUAAUAUUAGCUAGUGAUGGAUUGUGGGAUGUUUUGUCGAGUGAAUUGACUUGCGAGGUUGUUUUUAAGUGCCAACAAGAAGAUAAUAGGGGGAUGGUAACAGAAAGGGCGGUUGAGGGAGGAGGGGGGUCAUUGUGUCCAUCCAGGAGUGCAACGGGAGUGGCAGCUGCUUUACUUGUUCGUCUUGCUAUGGGACGACGCAGUACAGAUAAUAUCAGUGUUAUAGUUGUUGAUUUGAGGAACUGAAGU